AUGGUCCAAUUCGACAAUCACGAGUACCUUUGCGAAGAAGAGAAGCGUCUGAAGCAGGAUCGUGACCGUACGAAGUACUGGAAGAAAUGGGGUCCCUAUGUUGCAGAACGUCAAUGGGCUACGGUGCGAGAAGACUAUUCCGAAGAUGGCGAUGCUUGGAGUCAUUUCUCCCAUGAUCAUGCCAGAUCAAGAGCCUUUCGAUGGGGUGAAGACGGUAUUGCUGGAGUGUCAGAUACCCACGGCCUGCAAAACAUUGCAUUUGCGUUCUGGAACGAAAAAGACGAUUUCUUAAAGGAGCGCCUGUUUGGACUUUCCAAUCCCCAGGGAAACCAUGGCGAGAGCAUCAAAGAGGCGCAUUUCCACCUAGAUAAUACUCCCACCCAUUCUUAUAUGAAGUACCUGUAUAAAUUACCCCAGCGAAAAUUUCCUUACGAAGAACUGAUCAAAGAGAAUGCGAAGCGCGGAAGAGAGGAACGCGAGUAUAACAUAGUUGACACGGAUGCUUUCAAAGACGACCGGUACUUUGAUAUUUUCAUUGAAAUGGCCAAGGAGGCCGAUGACGAGGAAGAGCUCCUUUUCAGAGUUACAGCAUACAAUCGAGGUCAAGAACCAGCUCCUUUGCAUAUAAUACCACAUAUGUGGUUCAGAAACACAUGGUCAUGGGGUCACGAACAUCCCAGCAAAAAACCAGCGAUCAAAAUCGUCGGACCUAUGACAGCGCAGUCAAAACAUCCCAAGCUUGGAAAUCGUUUCUUCCAGUUAUCACCCUCUCCCGGCACAGGACAGGAUGCUGAGAAUAUUCCGCCCAGACUUAUUUUCACCGAGAAUGACACAAACUUUCAAGCUCUGUACGGCCAGAAGAACCCUCAACCAUACGUCAAAGAUGCCUUCCAUCGGUGGAUCGUGAAUGAGGAAAAAGGCGCAAUCAAUCCUCGUUGCCAUGGCACCAAAUGUGCCGCCUGGUAUGCGUUCGAUCAGGGGGAUGGAGUACCGCCUGGAGAAUGCGCUGUCGUGCGGUUCAGGCUUUCUAAGCGCUUCGACGGGUAUUUGAAUGAGGAACUGCUCGAUGAUAUCAUGGAGCAAAGAAUAGCAGAAGCUGACGAGUUCUUCUGGCGUAUCAGUCCCCUUCCAAUGGCUGACGAUCUUCGCAACAUCCAGAGACAAGCACUUUCUGGCAUGAUGUGGACCAAGCAGCAUUAUCACUUCAUAUGGGAUCAGUGGGCCAAUGGCGAUCCCAAUAUGCCUCCUCCGCCACCAGGUCGAAAAGCUGUUCGAAACGCCAACUGGAAGCACAUGUUCCUUGACGAUAUCUUGUCCAUGCCUGACUCGUGGGAGUAUCCUUUCUUUGCGGCUUGGGAUACAGCAUUUCACUGCAUACCGCUGGCCAUGAUUGACCCCGACUUUGCUAAGAAACAGCUUGAUCUUCUCACCCGAGAAUGGUACAUGCAUCCAAACGGCCAGCUCCCAGCUUACGAGUGGAAUUUUGGGGAUGUAAAUCCACCGGUACAUGCUUGGUCGGUCUUCCGAACCUUCAAGAUCGAGCGCAAAAUGUAUGGACGCCAAGAUCUUGACUUCUUAGAACGAGUCUUCCAAAAGCUGUUGCUCAAUUUCACAUGGUGGGUCAAUCGUAAAGAUUAUGACGGCAAGAACGUCUUUGAGGGCGGCUUUCUGGGUCUAGACAAUAUCGGACUCUUCAAUCGCUCCGAGCCCUUACCAACAGGUGGUGUGCUCGAACAAGCCGAUUCAACAGGCUGGAUGGCCUUCUAUUGUCUGUCCAUGCUGAACAUUGCUCUCGAACUGGCCAAGCAUCGCCGCAUAUACGAAGACAUCGCCUCGAAAUUCUUCGAGCACUUCAUCCUCAUCUCCGACGCCAUGACCUUUCGAGCAGGAGGGGCUGAGAAAUCGCUGUGGAACGAGGAAGACGGCUUCUACUACGAUGCUAUCUCCUGGGGCGGCCCAUGGACUCAACAACUUCCCGUACGGUCGCUCGUAGGACUGAUCCCACUAUACGCGGUAUUGACUCUUGAACCUGAGCUGGUCAAUAAAUUCCCUAGCUUCAAAAAACGAAUGAAUUGGUUCAUCGAAAACCGGCAUGAUGUUGCAGAGCGAAACAUCGCUAGCAUGCGGAAACGAGGGAAGGACGAGCGACUGCUGUUGUCUCUUGUGUCCAAGGAUCGCCUAGAGAAGAUCUUGAAGCGAAUGUUGGACGAGACAGAGUUCCUCUCCGAUCAUGGUAUCCGCUCCUUAUCCCGUCAUCACGAAGAACACCCAUACAGCAUGGAAGUUAAUGGCCAGCAAUUCAAGGUCGGCUAUGUCCCCGGCGAUAGCGACUCCGGACUCUUCGGCGGAAACUCCAAUUGGCGCGGUCCUAUCUGGCUCUGUGUGAACUUUCUACUUGUAGAAUCCCUAUUGCGCUUCUACAUGUUCUACGGACAAAGUCUGCAGAUCGAGUGCCCGACGGGAUCGGGUGAUUACAUGCAUCUGGGCCAUGUGGCGGAGGAGCUGCAGCACAGAUUACAGCAUCUGUUCGCCCGAGGUGAUGAUGGCAGGAGAGCCGUCAACGACGGUAAUGAUAUGCUAGACUUCGAUCCACACUGGAAAGACUACCUGUGGUUCUACGAAUUCUUUGACGGGGACUCUGGUCGUGGGUUGGGUGCCACACAUCAAUGCGGCUGGACUGGGUUGAUCGCCAAGAUGAUACACGAUACUGGAAUCAACUGCCGCCUCCCCCAAACCCCACGGACCCCCUCCGUCGCCGCAGCGCACUAUUUCGACGACACCUUCUCGCGCGGCAACCUCCGCCGACGCAAAUCCUCCGUCCCCACCUCCCCUAACGGCACAGCCCGUCUCCGCCGCUCCUCCACCUCCCGCUCCAUCGGCAACCAGUCCCUCUACAGCCCGUCCGAUCCCCGCCUCUCUCCCCGUAGGCGCGACAGCACAGCCAUCAGCGACGGGGAUGCAUUCGGGAACGAGGAACAACUCGCCAAGGAGAGGAGGGAGGAGGAACGAAGAAGGAGUGAGGCGGAGAGUCAUAUGGAGAAGUAUAUUGAUGAGCAGUUGAGUCGGAUUCGCACGGAUGAGAGUGUGGCGGUCUACGAGGAUGAGUUUGAGGCGCAGUUGGAUUGA